CACAGUUUUUUAAAAUUUCAAGGUUGGUAAUAUGUAGCGACCGCAUAACAUAGUCUGAACGAUAAUAACUGCAUGUUAUACAGCUGUGCGUUUUUAGUCAGCUGUGUUUCCACUACUGCCUACUUAUCUUUUAUCCAUAAGCAUUACUACGUUUACGGUUUACUCCUAAAUAAUAACUUGGCACAAUAGCCAUUGUAUGGUCCAUAAACGGGUAGCACUUAUUUCGAGCUUCUGUCUGUUAUUGUUAAGACCCAUUCGUGUGCCAUUGUUACUUAAUUUUUUGCCAGUUAAAUAUUUUUUUAAUUGAAAGUCUGAUUUUAAUUUUUAAUUAAUUUAUUAAUUUAUUAUUAGCAUUUUGUUUGCCAUGUUUAGUCCAUCUGCAGUCCAUAAAGCUUUCCAGGAAGCUUUAAUUCAUAAUGAAGACAUAGACAUAAAAAACUAUAUUUUAGCUUAUGAAGAACUAUGCAAAUUUUGUGCUCAGCUUGGUACUAUAUUUAAUUUUGUUGUUAAUGACAUUCAAGAAAAACUUUGUCGUCUUACAGAAUUAAUAACUCAAGAUGAAAACAAUUUUAGUUCUGUCAAAUCUAUGAUUCUACAUGAAAGAUCUUGUGGAAAAUUGGCUCAUGAUUCAGGGUGUAUUACAUUACUACGAUUACAUCGAGGUUUAGAUUUCAUUGUUCUCUUUAUGACCAAAAUAUCUACCCUUCAACCUACUGAUAGCACAUCAACAUCUGCUAUAGAAGCGUACAAUAGUACAUUAGCUAAACACCAUGGCUGGGUUAUUCGUACUGGUGCCAGAGUUGCGAUGAACUUUCUUCCAAGUCAGAAAUCUCUCUAUCAUCAAGCAGUUGGAGAAAGUGUAAACGAAACAUUGAAAACUAUGCCAGAUAUGAUUUCUAAAGCAUCUAUGGUUCAUGAAAGAGUUAAUAGUCUUUUUUUAAUACAUGAAAUUUUGCAUUUACCCUAAUGAAUAUGAGACAACCCAUUAUCUCAUGAUAACUGUGAUCCUUUGAUAACUGUGAAAAAAAAUUAUUAUUUUUAGAAUAUUAUUUAACUUUUUAAAUGGUUAAUAUUUUUAAAAAACAAAAUGUUUA